CUAAUCGAGUGUAUUUCUUCUUUUUAUUACAAUUUUUUAAUCAAGCGCCGUAUAUGAAUCAGAAUCCAGUGUUUCUUACGAGCAUCGCAAUGUCUACUGCCGAAGUUUCGGAACACGCUUCAAACUCAAACGAUGAGACUGAUAUUGAAAUUAAAAUGGAAGUGCCCGAAAGGUGUGAAGAAGAGUUUACUUUUCAAAGUGUCAAAGGCAUUCAGCCUCAAGUUAUUAUUCAUGAUCCAACAUUUGGUAUUUGGACAUCCGAAGCUGAAUCUUGUUUGAUAAAGUUGUACAAAAAGUACAAGCCCAUGAUUGGCCAGCAUACAAGGUUUAAAAGUUUUCGAGACAUGUUUGAUACAAUUUCGGCGGAAAUGAAAAAAUAUGGAUUCUUCUUCAGUCCACAAAAGUGUGAGAACAAAUGGAGGGUCAUGGAACGCAAGUACAAAACCUUGGCGUUGAGAGAAAAACUAAAAAAACCUGGCCGAAUAAAACAUUAUGGACGCUGGCAGCACAAAAAAGUAUUUGAUGAAAUAUAUAGCGAAGAAAACAAAAAUAUUUAUUUGGAGAAAGAUGCAGCAACUGAACAAUCUCUGAAUGUAUCUGCUCCAAAAGUAGAUGCAUUCUUCGACUCCAUGCCAACGGAAAAUGGACAAACUUCAUUGACAGAUAUUGUUAAAACUCAGACUAAUGCGAUCCUUUCAGAAGUAAGGAAAAUUUUCAACGAUGCAGAAAACAAUCGGGAAAGGCGACACUUGGAACAAAUGAUACUAUUUAAAAACCUACUCAAUGUGCAAGAGAGACUUUUAAAAAUCGAAGAACAAAAAUUGACACUGAGAAAAGCAAGUGUAGCAGUGAUGUCGCAAAGUAUGAAACACUUUACUUAGGUAAUUUUUCACCAAAGACUAAUCGUUGUAAUAUAAUUAAUAGUGACCGAGAGUGUUACUUCAUAUUUUUAUACUUGUAUUUGUAAAAUGUGCGAAAAGUGAUUUUAUCAUAAGAGUAACUGUAAGACAUA